UUCCCCCGCAUGAAUUCCCUUCUUCCACCACCCUGACCACCCGAAAACAAAGAAGUCCAAAAGAUCGAUAUCCAAAGAGAACAAAGAAGAAUAAGCAGCAGCGGCAUAACAUAUUUGAUGUAAGAAGGUGAAUUCAUCAAAAAGAUCACCAGCUCGGAGGCGGCCUCCACUUGAGACCAAUGCCGCCCCCUCUUGAGGCAAGGCCCGAUAGAAAACGCUUCUGGCUCGUCUCCUGCCUCUUGUUCAUUGUCCUCCUCAUUGGCGGAACGUUCCUUGUGCUCUACAUCACGCAUCCGGCGAAUGAGAUCCCCUUCUGGUUCCCCAUUGCCGGGAUGAUCUUGGUGGCCAUUCCUUGGCUGUUCUGGAUCAUGACAUGCGUCUACCGAUCGAUUGCGGUAAGGAAGGAUGAUGUAGAGCGGCCGCCGAUCAGGGCUGCAGCGGUCGCUCCAGCCGGAGGCGGCGCCGCCGCCACCACCAAUUCUCCAGCCACAGAUACCCCUGUUGAUUCGCCUGGUGGUGCAAGGAAGGUGCGGUUCGGCCAUGCCACAGUAAUAGGCUCUGACGUUGCAGGUGGUAUGAGUGAGAUGCCGCAGGAGCACGAAGCAGAUGGAGACCACACUCCUAAUGGUAGAACCGGGUCGAGCAUCUCCCGUGAUGAUGGUUCAUCCCAACACUCCCAUGAGAGUGAAGUGCCUCUAGCUCUUUCAAUGUCUUGAAUCUCAAACUCGGCAGUAUCUCUUUUUUUCUUUUCCCUUUUUUUUUUGCAACUAAGAAUUCAGUUCCUUUUUUCA